UUCAGCUGCUGUCUGCCUGGAUACCAAUGACGUCACAGCCUCUGAUUGGCUGCUGCCUGCUUCUGCUUCCAGCAGCAGCUGAACUUUCCUCUCAGUUGAUCUCAGAGUUUAACAGAGAGAGGAUGAUGAUGAUGAUGAAGCUGCUCCUCUUCCUCUGCUCCGUCCUCUGGGUCUCUGCUGAUGUUCUCCAUGAGGACCUUAAUAUCGUUGGAUGUUCAGACUCUGAUGGAGAGUACAUGUACGCUCUGGAUGGAGAAGAGAUGUGGGUCGCUGACUUUAAGAAGGGAGAAGGAGAAGAACCUCAGCCUCCUUUCAUUGAUCAUAUCAGCUACCCAGGAGGUUAUGAAUCAGCUGUGGCUAAUCAACAGAUCUGCAGAGAGAACCUGAAAGUCUGUCCUGGUCUGAGAUCAGUUCUGUUUCUCUCCUCAGAUGGUCCAUCUGCUCCAAUGGUCUACCCCAGAAAUGAUUUGGAGCUGGGAGAGAAGAACAUCCUGAUCUGUCAUGUCUCUGGUUUCUAUCCUGCUCCUGUCAACGUCUCCUGGACCAAGAACGGCCAGAAGGUGACUGAUGGAACCAGCAUCAACGUUCCCUAUCCCAGUAAGGACAGCACCUUCACCCAGAUCUCCAGACUGGACUUCAUCCCUCAGCUGGGAGACGUCUACAGCUGCUCAGUGGAGCAUCCUGCCCUGCAGAAACCAGUCACUACGAUGUGGGAUGUGGACGUCCACAGUCCUCAGCCCAGUGUGGGACCUGCUGUGUUCUGUGGAGUGGGUCUGACCAUCGGACUCAUCGGCGUCGCCGUGGGAACCUUCUUCCUGAUCAAAGGGAACGAGUGCAGCUGAUUGGCUGCAGCUGAUUGGCUGCAGAUGAUUGGCUGCAGAUGAUUGGCUGCAGAUGAUUGGUUGAAGCUGAU